ACAGAGGGCGGGUGUUGCAUAGUUCCCGAUCAGUCCUUUCUUCCUUUUCCGAUCGAAUGUAUUGAAUUAUGUGGGUCCUUUUUGUGUGUAUUUAAUCCGUAAUUCUUUGCUGUUACUUUUAAACACACCCGGACGAUGGUCGCCUUUUUCGGGGACACAUUAUUCGCUUUUUAUAACCCACAGUUGAAGUUUUUAGGCACGAAGACGGGGUUCAGCUCGUUCCUUUUGUUUUCUUGGAAGAGCUGAAAACGGAAGAGAGAAGAUGCCGAACUGAUAUGGAUUUGAGGGAGGCGAGAAACAGAACGCACAUUCCGCUUUGUUUUGGGGAAGAGGUAGCUGAGCCUGCCUGCCAAACUGGCCUUCCUUGGAAGUGCCAUGAAAUGUCCUCGGUCCUUAGAUGGCCAGAGGCUUGCCUUCCUCCUCGAUGAUGCACUCUCUAAGGAGGCCAGAUUAUGGAAAGUGCCUCUUUUCAAGACUUGCAGCAAUCAGGGCGCAACUAUCACUCCAUUGCAGCGUGAAAAUGUGGUUCUGUGGCUCAGGGACUUGUGCUCAAAGUUUGGUUAUUACCCUGAGACAUUUUUUCUUGCUGUUAGUAUUCUUGACCGACUCUUAGCAACUGUCAAGGCACAACCAAAGUACCUACGUUGCAUUGCCAUUUCCAGCUUGUUCAUCGCAGCCAAAAUCAAUGAAGAAGAUGAGGUCACACUUCUGGUAAAGGACCUCGCAGCAAAGAGUGCCAGUGGCUGUUCUUCUAGUGAGGUGCUGAGGAUGGAAAAAAUCAUAUUGGAUAAGCUGCAGUGGGACCUUUACACUGCCACACCUGCGGACUUUGUGAACAUAUUCCACACCAUGGUGAUAUCCAGCCGGCCCCAUCUCCUUGACCGAUGGCCUCAGAUGAAGCCCUCUCUCCAUGCCGCACUCUUGACCAGGCAGUUGCAGCACUGCAUGGCUUGCCACCAGUUAUUACAGUUCAGAGGCUCCACACUCGCCUUAGCAAUCAUCAGCUUGGAAGUAGAGAGACUGAUUCCUGAUUGGUUCGUUGUUACAACUGAUCUGCUGAAAAAAGCACAGAUUCACAGCUUGGACUUUGUCUACUGUAAGAACAUUGUGGCACAACAUUUAUUGCCUCCAUCAGUGGCCUUGGCCUCCAAUACAGUUUACAUCUUUGAUCCUGUAAAUUCAGGUCUUGUGAGGCACCAAAGGGGAAGAAUGCUUUACAUUUGUUCUGGGGAAUAUGAUUCACAGUCUCAGUCACCCACCAGGGGAGAGCUGUGGUCUAGCCAACCAGCUCCAAUCAGCAACAGUGCAGCUCCAGCAAAAACAACUGAGGCAGAAGCCAAUGCUAUUUACAAUGGUUGUACUGCAGAUGCAAUGGGAAUCGGUGGCCAGGGCAUUGGGUCUGGCACAGCUGCACCACAGCUAACAGAAAACCUUUCUCCUUGUCCCCCACUACAACCAGUGGAGGAUGUGUAAGAAGAAUUCUUACACAUCAGAAACUUCUUUAGCCAGAGAGUGGUGAAUCUAUGGAAUUCAUUGCCACAGAAGGCUGUGGAGGUCAGGUCAUUGAGUGAUUGGUGAAGGGAUCAAAGGUUACGGGGAGAAGGCGGGAGAAUGGGGUUGAGAAACUUAUCAGCCAUGAUUGAAUGGCGGAGCAGGCUUGAUGGGCCAAUUGGCCUAAUUUCUGCUCCUAUGUCUUAUGGUCUAAGAAGCUAAAGUGGGAAGAGUCAAACAAACCGUAGAUUCAUUUUAAAAAGCCAAAUUACAUUAAAACCAGAUAUACAUGAUCAAGU